CUGAGAUCUAUAUAAACCCCUCUUUCGUCGUUGUUUUGUUUGGAACUCCACACACCUUACUACCAUAUCAACAGAUCUUUAUUUUAGUUUCUAUCAUACCACCUCAUACUACACAAUGGCUCCCACUCCGUUUGGUCAGAUCUGGAGCUAUGCUAAUAACCCCAGGGUUAUGAAGGCCCAAGCAGCUGCAAACAUCAACAACCUCUCCGUCCCCUACGCCCCCGACUUCGUCAUGCGCGAAACCAACCAAUCCCCCGCCUUCCUCGCCAAAUUCCCCCACGGCAAAGUCCCCGCCUUCGAAUCCGCCGACGGAAAGGUCACCCUCUUCGAGUCCGACGCCAUCACGCAGUACAUCGCCGACAGCGGGCCCGCCGCACCCCAGCUGCUCGGCGAGACGCCGCUGCGCCGCGCGCUCGUCAGACAGUGGAUCUGCUUUGCGGAUGGGGACGUCCAGAACCCUGUUGUGGAUCUUGUGUUGCCGCGGCUGAAGUAUCGCGCUUUUGAUGCCGCUGUGGAGGAGGCGGCUGUUGGGAAGAUUGAGAGGGCGUUCCGUACGUUGGAGAAGACGCUUGAGGGGCAGGAGUGGUUGGCUGGUGGGGAGAAGGUCAGUCUGGCGGAUAUUACGGUUGCGAGUGCCCUGGUUUGGGGGUUCUCGACUGCUAUUGAUAGGGAGAUUAGGGAGAAGUACCCCAAGGUGAUGGCUUGGUAUAAGAGGGUUGUGGAGACGCAGGGUGUUAAGGAGGCGUUUGGGGUGCUGCAGUAUGUGGAGAAGAGGGAAGUCCCUGUUUAGUUUCUCUUUCUCAUUUAUUUAGCUGGUUAGCUGGUUAGCUGGGUAAAUUCUUGGCUGUUUGUCUUGGUCUUCGUCGUUUUUUGAUUGUAGAUUAUACUGUCUUGGUCUUU